AUGGCGUCCGAAGGACUGAAGCGACCACGCUCCAAUGACGGCGGCGACGGAAGCGGAACCGUUUCCAGCAGCAGCGGAGACGACCUGCUCGACCGUAAAUGCGGUUUCUGUAACCUGGGCCACAACGAGGGACUGGAGAUGGCAACGGACUUCAUCGACAUCCCUACCGACCGGAACGUGUGGGCAUCCGAUGAGCCAACCCUGACGCUGAACAGGAAGCCCGUGUGGUGCCACACCAACUGCGUGCACUUCAGCCCGCAAACGAUCUACGACGAAACCGCACCGAAGUGCAAGUGGCGUGACGUCAGCAGAGAGUACUUCCGUGCCCGAUGCUUGAGUUGCAUCAUCUGCGAGGAAAAGGGGGCAUCAAUUGGGUGCACGGUAUCCAGCUGUAAUGCUUCGGUCCACUUUCCAUGCGCAAUCAAGGAGGUCCUUCCCGACGGCCGGAAGAACUGGUACCCCUGCCAGGAGUCCGAGCUCCCCUACUUCUGCCCGAAGCACUUCGCCCAGCGCUCGGUGCACGAGCAGGACAAGGAGAUCGCCCGGCUGUCCGACCUGUCCCAGGGCAACGAGCCCUAUCCCAUCCCCCUCGAGAUGGGCCUGGCCUUGGCGAUGAAGACGCCCUUCCACUCCGCGCUGGCGGCGCCCGGGACGGCGAACGGCAAGGGGCACGCCGGCGGCGUCGGCGGCACGGCUGCGGCUGCGGCGGCAGCGGCAGCGGCAGCCGCGGAGGAGGACCAGGCGAGUGCCCGCGAGCAGUGGCAGAAGGUGCUCCCCGAGGUGCCGCUCCCCCGGGGCCUGCUGACGAAGCCCAGGGAGAUCGACUUCACGUACGUCCCGGCCACGGUUGACAGCAAGUCGGCUCAGGUCCGGCAAGGCCCGGAGAGGGAGAAGCGGUGCUGCACCUGCACCGGCCCAGCAACCUGCCGAGACCCAAGAAUUUGCGAGUGUCUCCAGCAAGGAAGGCAGUAUUCGAGCAAGGGGAGGCUUCUUGACGAGGGCCACCCCUCGCAGAUCUACGAGUGCAACGUGAACUGCAGGUGCCACGUUGACGAUUGCCGCAACAGGCUGGUGCAGAGGGGCAUGACGUGCAACAUCAAGGUUCUCUACCUGGGAUCAUCGAGACGCCGCGUGCUGGACGGUUGCGGGAAGUGGGGCGUCACGGCCGCAAGGGAGAUCCCGGCGAGGAGCUUCGUGUGCACCGUAGCCGGGCAGCUCGUGCUCGCCGGCGACAUGGUCGGCAGCGUCGACCAGCAAGGGCAGCACAGCACCAGCGUCCUCGUGCACCGCGAGAGGUUUGUGGAUCAGCGACGCUACGCCAACAUCUCCAGGUACAUCCGGUGCGCCAGGAGGCUGGAGGACGCCAACCUCGUGCCAGUGGCCGUCCACACGGCGUAUCAAGACCCGAACGCGCCUGUCCUGGCUCUUUUUGCCGUCAAAACCAUCGAAGAGGACACCGAGCUCCUUCGGUAUCGAUGA